AUGAAUGAGGGUGUUUUCGAGACGUCUCAUGAAACGUCUCAUGAAACGUCUCAUGAAGUGAGGGUGUUUUCGAGACGUCUCAUGAAUGAGGGUGUUUUCGAGACGUCUCAUGAAGUGAGGGUGUUUUCGAGACGUCUCAUGAAUGAGGGUGUUUUUGAGACGUCUCAUGAAGUGAGGGUGUUUUCGAGACGUCUCAUGAAUGAGGGUGUUUUCGAGACGUCUCAUGAAGUGAGGGUGUUUUUGAGACGUCUCAUGAAUGAGGGUGUUUUCGAGACGUCUCAUGAAACGUCUCAUGAAGUGAGGGUGUUUUCGAGACGUCUCAUGAAUGAGGGUGUUUUCGAGACGUCUCAUGAAGUGAGGGUGUUUUCGAGACGUCUCAUGAAUGAGGGUGUUUUCGAGACGUCUCAUGAAGUGAGGGUGUUUUCGAGACGUCUCAUGAAUGAGGGUGUUUUCGAGACGUCUCAUGAAACGUCUCAUGAAGUGAGGGUGUUUUCGAGACGUCUCAUGAAUGAGGGUGUUUUCGAGACGUCUCAUGAAGGUGUUUUCGAGACGUCUCAUGAAGUGAGGGUGUUUUCGAGACGUCUCAUGAAUGAGGGUGUUUUCGAGACGUCUCAUGAAGGUGUUUUUGAGACGUCUCAUGAAGUGAGGGUGUUUUCGAGACGUCUCAUGAAUGAGGGUGUUUUUGAGACGUCUCAUGAAACGUCUCAUGAAACGUCUCAUGAAGUGAGGGUGUUUUCGAGACGUCUCAUGAAUGAGGGUGUUUUCGAGACGUCUCAUGAAACGUCUCAUGAAGUGAGGGUGUUUUCGAGACGUCUCAUGAAUGAGGGUGUUUUCGAGACGUCUCAUGAAGUGAGGGUGUUUUUGAGACGUCUCAUGAAUGAGGGUGUUUUCGAGACGUCUCAUGAAACGUCUCAUGAAGUGAGGGUGUUUUCGAGACGUCUCAUGAAUGAGGGUGUUUUCGAGACGUCUCAUGAAGUGAGGGUGUUUUCGAGACGUCUCAUGAAUGAGGGUGUUUUCGAGACGUCUCAUGAAACGUCUCAUGAAACGUCUCAUGAAGUGAGGGUGUUUUCGAGACGUCUCAUGAAUGAGGGUGUUUUCGAGACGUCUCAUGAAGUGAGGGUGUUUUCGAGACGUCUCAUGAAUGAGGGUGUUUUCGAGACGUCUCAUGAAGUGAGGGUGUUUUCGAGACGUCUCAUGAAUGAGGGUGUUUUUGAGACGUCUCAUGAAGUGAGGGUGUUUUCGAGACGUCUCAUGAAUGAGGGUGUUUUCGAGACGUCUCAUGAAGGUGUUUUCGAGACGUCUCAUGAAGUGAGGGUGUUUUCGAGACGUCUCAUGAAUGAGGGUGUUUUCGAGACGUCUCAUGAAGUGAGGGUGUUUUCGAGACGUCUCAUGAAUGAGGGUGUUUUCGAGACGUCUCAUGAAGGUGUUUUCGAGACGUCUCAUGAAACGUCUCAUGAAGUGAGGGUGUUUUCGAGACGUCUCAUGAAUGAGGGUGUUUUUGAGACGUCUCAUGAAGUGAGGGUGUUUUCGAGACGUCUCAUGAAUGAGGGUGUUUUCGAGACGUCUCAUGAAGGUGUUUUCGAGACGUCUCAUGAAGUGAGGGUGUUUUCGAGACGUCUCAUGAAUGAGGGUGUUUUCGAGACGUCUCAUGAAGUGAGGGUGUUUUCGAGACGUCUCAUGAAUGAGGGUGUUUUCGAGACGUCUCAUGAAACGUCUCAUGAAGUGAGGGUGUUUUCGAGACGUCUCAUGAAUGAGGGUGUUUUCGAGACGUCUCAUGAAGGUGUUUUUGAGACGUCUCAUGAAGUGAGGGUGUUUUCGAGACGUCUCAUGAAUGAGGGUGUUUUCGAGACGUCUCAUGAAACGUCUCAUGAAGUGAGGGUGUUUUCGAGACGUCUCAUGAAUGAGGGUGUUUUCGAGACGUCUCAUGAAGUGAGGGUGUUUUUGAGACGUCUCAUGAAUGAGGGUGUUUUCGAGACGUCUCAUGAAGUGAGGGUGUUUUCGAGACGUCUCAUGAAUGAGGGUGUUUUCGAGACGUCUCAUGAAACGUCUCAUGAAGUGAGGGUGUUUUCGAGACGUCUCAUGAAUGAGGGUGUUUUCGAGACGUCUCAUGAAGUGAGGGUGUUUUUGAGACGUCUCAUGAAUGAGGGUGUUUUCGAGACGUCUCAUGAAGUGAGGGUGUUUUCGAGACGUCCGUCUCAUGAAACGUCUCAUGAAACGUCUCAUGAAACGUCUCAUGAAGUGAGGGUGUUUUCGAGACGUCUCAUGAAUGAGGGUGUUUUCGAGACGUCUCAUGAAGUGAGGGUGUUUUCGAGACGUCUCAUGAAUGAGGGUGUUUUCGAGACGUCUCAUGAAGUGAGGGUGUUUUCGAGACGUCUCAUGAAUGAGGGUGUUUUCGAGACGUCUCAUGAAACGUCUCAUGAAGUGAGGGUGUUUUCGAGACGUCUCAUGAAACGUCUCAUGAAUGAGGGUGUUUUCAAGACGUCUCAUGAAGUGAGGGUGUUUUCGAGACGUCUCAUGAAUGAGGGUGUUUUCGAGACGUCUCAUGAAACGUCUCAUGAAGUGAGGGUGUUUUUGAGACGUCUCAUGAAUGAGGGUGUUUUCGAGACGUCUCAUGAAACGUCUCAUGAAGUGAGGGUGUUUUCGAGACGUCUCAUGAAUGAGGGUGUUUUCGAGACGUCUCAUGAAACGUCUCAUGAAGUGAGGGUGUUUUCGAGACGUCUCAUGAAUGAGGGUGUUUUCGAGACGUCUCAUGAAGUGAGGGUGUUUUCGAGACGUCUCAUGAAUGAGGGUGUUUUCGAGACGUCUCAUGAAGGUGUUUUCGAGACGUCUCAUGAAACGUCUCAUGAAACGUCUCAUGAAACGUCUCAUGAAGUGAGGGUGUUUUCGAGACGUCUCAUGAAUGAGGGUGUUUUCGAGACGUCUCAUGAAACGUCUCAUGAAACGUCUCAUGAAGGUGUUUUCGAGACGUCUCAUGAAACGUCUCAUGAAGUGAGGGUGUUUUCGAGACGUCUCAUGAAUGAGGGUGUUUUCGAGACGUCUCAUGAAGGUGUUUUCGAGACGUCUCAUGAAACGUCUCAUGAAGUGAGGGUGUUUUCGAGACGUCUCAUGAAUGAGGGUGUUUUCGAGACGUCUCAUGAAGGUGUUUUCGAGACGUCUCAUGAAGGUGUUUUCGAGACGUCUCAUGAAGGUGUUUUCGAGACGUCUCAUGAAACGUCUCAUGAAGUGAGGGUGUUUUCGAGACGUCUCAUGAAUGAGGGUGUUUUCGAGACGUCUCAUGAAACGUCUCAUGAAACGUCUCAUGAAACGUCUCAUGAAGUGAGGGUGUUUUCGAGACGUCUCAUGAAACGUCUCAUGAAUGAGGGUGUUUUCGAGACGUCUCAUGAAGUGAGGGUGUUUUCGAGACGUCUCAUGAAUGAGGGUGUUUUCGAGACGUCUCAUGAAGUGAGGGUGUUUUCGAGACGUCUCAUGAAUGAGGGUGUUUUCGAGACGUCUCAUGAAACGUCUCAUGAAGUGAGGGUGUUUUCGAGACGUCUCAUGAAUGAGGGUGUUUUCGAGACGUCUCAUGAAGUGAGGGUGUUUUCGAGACGUCUCAUGAAUGAGGGUGUUUUCGAGACGUCUCAUGAAGGUGUUUUCGAGACGUCUCAUGAAACGUCUCAUGAAACGUCUCAUGAAACGUCUCAUGAAACGUCUCAUGAAGUGAGGGUGUUUUCGAGACGUCUCAUGAAUGAGGGUGUUUUCGAGACGUCUCAUGAAACGUCUCAUGAAACGUCUCAUGAAGGUGUUUUCGAGACGUCUCAUGAAACGUCUCAUGAAGUGAGGGUGUUUUCGAGACGUCUCAUGAAUGAGGGUGUUUUCGAGACGUCUCAUGAAACGUCUCAUGAAGUGAGGGUGUUUUCGAGACGUCUCAUGAAUGAGGGUGUUUUCGAGACGUCUCAUGAAGUGAGGGUGUUUUUGAGACGUCUCAUGAAUGAGGGUGUUUUCGAGACGUCUCAUGAAGUGAGGGUGUUUUCGAGACGUCUCAUGAAUGAGGGUGUUUUCGAGACGUCUCAUGAAACGUCUCAUGAAACGUCUCAUGAAACGUCUCAUGAAGUGAGGGUGUUUUCGAGACGUCUCAUGAAUGAGGGUGUUUUCGAGACGUCUCAUGAAACGUCUCAUGAAACGUCUCAUGAAGGUGUUUUCGAGACGUCUCAUGAAACGUCUCAUGAAGUGAGGGUGUUUUCGAGACGUCUCAUGAAUGAGGGUGUUUUCGAGACGUCUCAUGAAACGUCUCAUGAAGUGAGGGUGUUUUCGAGACGUCUCAUGAAUGAGGGUGUUUUCGAGACGUCUCAUGAAGUGAGGGUGUUUUUGAGACGUCUCAUGAAUGAGGGUGUUUUCGAGACGUCUCAUGAAGUGAGGGUGUUUUCGAGACGUCUCAUGAAUGAGGGUGUUUUCGAGACGUCUCAUGAAACGUCUCAUGAAACGUCUCAUGAAACGUCUCAUGAAGUGAGGGUGUUUUCGAGACGUCUCAUGAAUGAGGGUGUUUUCGAGACGUCUCAUGAA